AUGCCACUUGUUCCGAGCUGGAAACGAGAUGCCCACGUCAGGGAUGGCGAGCGAGCUGAAGCAGAAACUGCGGAUGAUGACCACGACGAGGCCGACAAAGCCGCCGGGUAUAGUGCCGCAGCUGACGACGUCAAAACGAUGGAUGUGGACUUGACGCCGCCCAAGAAGCGGGUCAAGUCCGCCCAGAUCAGCCGCCAGGUGUCUGUCGAGGGAGACAUGACCCGCGACACCGCCGCUGACGCCCAUCACAUCACAAGAGAACGCGUAUCACCGACUUCAGAUCUUCCAGCUACUAGCUCAUCGGCUAUAACAGAAUCCGAGAUCAAGAUCGAGCCGGCAGAGGGAGCGCCGCUAUCCGCCUCGCUACCUGCACACGACACUACGCCAGUCGCGGUCAAGGCUGAGUCUGACCUCGUCGGCGCCACUGCCGACUCCGUAGUCGAAGUCGAAGACGCGCCUGCACCGAAAAAGAAGAAGACGACGUCAGCUUCCAGCAAAAGCAAGAAGGGUAGCAGCACGAAGAAGGCUUCGGCGUCGACAAGUGCGCACGCCGAAUCGUCCACCUCGAGUCGCUCCAAGGUCAAAGUGGAGGAGAAAGCACCACCAGCUGCAGCGCCUGGCGAGGAAGAAGAAGAGGAGGAGGAAGAUGAUGCACUGUACUGCAUCUGCAGGCGGCGGCAGGACGAUAUUGAAGGCGGCAUGAUUGCAUGCGACCGAUGCGACCAGUGGUACCACUACCGAUGCAUGGAGAUCACCGAGGAUGAUGCGGAGCUUGUCGACCGCUUCGUCUGUCCGCCCUGCCACGAGUUCACGCCGGAACGCACGACGUACAAGGCGGCGUGUGCGCGCGCAGGGUGCAGGCAUGCUGCGCAGACGCCGUUCAGCAAGUACUGCUCGGACCGAUGUGGUGUCCUUGCACUGUCGGCACGCCUGGCCGGGCUGAAGGUGAAUAGGAACAAACAGGCAGCGGCGGUGUUCGAGGCAGAUCUACGCGUUGUCGCAGCGAGAAAAACGGAGGCACUCACACAGAGGACGGACGCAUUCCACGAUGUCAAGGGCGAGUGGAAUCGAGUGGUUGCGGGAGGGCUGUCGGAAGGCGCUACGGAUGCGGCAGUGCAGAGGCUUGGUCUUUCGGGAGCCUUUGCCCUGAUGCUCAGCGCUGACAGCGCACAGCCGAUUCCAACCGUCAACGGGGCUGAUGAAGCAGCAGCAAGUGACGAGUCGGCAGAGCAAGCGCCAGCGAAUGCGGAAGGGCCGACGAACGAUGCCUCGUCCGCUACGAGUCUCAUCGGCCUUGCCGAGCAGUUGCGGCUGGUCACGCGCCAGAUCGCCGCAGUCGACCUGGAAAAGAUGCAGAUCAACGCACGGCUUGACCGGCUCGACCUGCGCAGCACGCUUCUGCAUCUCGUCUCGGACCGCGUCCCCACGCUCGUCGCCGCGCCAUCCGCCUCCGCACCCGACGCCACGGACGCAGGUGAGGACGAAGAGAUGCCGGACGAAGCACGCCCUAAAACCAAGAAGAAGAAAUCCGCCAAGGGGCGGAGCAAGGACGCUGAUUCAAGCUCAGGUCCUCUUUGCGGGUACGAUCAGCGGCUUCACUGGGACGAUCCGGAUUUCGAUACCUGGGCACACACCGAUCUGGGCCGCACCAUGCUCGCCCACGACGCGCCGCUGGAUGGCGAGCUGGACGACGCUGCCGGCCCAAACGCCGUCGUGUGCUCAACGGUGAAGCGCAAAUGCAGGAGGCAUAUCGACUGGUCAAACCUGUGUGAGCUCGCGCUCGAUGCCGAAAAGGCCGCCCUCGCCGCCCAGUCGCGCAUUCUCACGCACAGUAAGCUCGAGCUCGCAGCUGCAAAGGACCGGUUGCAUGCAGAGUACGAUGCCGUGCAACAGCUGGCGCAACAGCAGCGAGACGGCCAGAGAAAGGCGGCCGAGCAGCGGGAUCGCGAUAUGGCUCUCGCCGUUGCAGCGCACGGAACUCGCCGCGUUGUAGUCUAG